AUGCUCCGAAGCUACGAGUCUUCGGAUGGACCGUACGUCGAGUGUCGUAGCAUCGAGUUCGCCGACACCGGGCUCGCAACAUCCAUGAUAUUUACAUUAACUGAUGAGGCUACUUCUGGGUAUCGCCUUACCCUGCAUGAUGCAGACACCUGCUUCACCGGUGGAGGAAUUGCCGAGUUACUUCCCGGCGACAACUCUUUCUGCCUGGAGCUUCAAGGCGAGACAUUCUUUACUGUUGAAUCGGUCGUUGCUGGAUUGACGAUCCGAGGAGCACCAUCUGCCUCUGGUUCUGCUCUUGCGGCCCGUGCCCCUGGCGACUUGAUGGAAAGACAGUUCGACGGUCAGUACGACUGGAUCUUCAGCCGCGCAAGCGCCAUUGUACCUCUCGCCACAAUCGCUCUCCAAACCUGUGAGGGCUUCUUCACUGGCCCAGGAACUGCCGUUGCCUGUGGCUUGAGUGCUUUGACUGGUAUUGCUCUGUCAGUUUUGGCGGCCAUCGAGUUCACACGUGCCCUCCAGCAACGUCCCCCCGGACAAGCACGACUCGAGGGGUCAGACUCGUCAGACAUGUACAGCGAGAUAUUCGGCCUCUCCGACGUGCCUUUUGUUUCUGAUGAUGUUGUUCGGGGCAUSACCACUACAUUCACCAAGGCACCAUUGCGCCAAGCGGAAGGCGCCGAGCCAGACCCAGUCCUUCACAUCAUGCUWCAAAUGACCAGUCACGAAACCGGUCAUGCCAUGAUCGCCUUGAUGGAUUUCGAUACCACCAACAAUCGAACACAGUUGAGCCACAGCCCACAAUCCCCAAACGCCAAUCGCAAGCGACAGGCCGAUGACAGAAUUACUGCCUACUACUCCUACGACAACUAUGGUCAAGACGCUGUAGAUGCCACUCCUCAGAACCAGGCGCUUGCAACUCAACUCGGCGAACGGCUGUGGUAUCAGAUCGAGUCUACCGACCAAGCCACCUAUUGUGCGAACCUUGCCAUUGCAAACUUCAACGGUCAGCUAGAGAGUGCCAAUACAGGCUUCGUAUCCCUCAUUACCGGCCAGUUCAUCGACGAAGUCUCGAGAUGUCCGCUAUAG